GAAAAUAUUUAGAUAGAUAAACGAAAAACCUCUGUUAUACCCUUAUCUUCCAUAUUUGAAAAACAACAACUUUUUGUUCUUCUAUCAAAUGCUCUAAAGAGAAAACGAAAAUGGAGGUGUCCGUACUCGGCGCCGGCUUGCAGAAUUCUCUGGCCCACCCUUUAUCCCUAUCAUUUCCGUUCAUAUCUUCUGCAAAUCCUUUAACAGCAAGAGCAUUGAGUUCUCAAACCAAUUGUCCAACCACUCUUUCUGUCAAAGAGCCCCACAACGAACCAGUCACCAAUGGCAAAGUUACUAUUCACAAGCACCAUUCCAAGCCCUACUUAGCUAGGCAGUCUGCCAUUCUUGAAGUUCAGCAGUGCUCUGAUUUGGGCUCAGCUCUCUCAAGAUUAGGAGGUACUUUGAAGGUGCAAGACUUGAAUGCCAUAUUACGCCAAUUUGGGAUGCUAAAGAGAUGGAAUGAUCUUUCCCAGCUCUUUGAAUGGAUGCAACAAAAUGGGAAGAUUAGUGUAUCAUCCUAUAGCAGCUAUAUAAAGUUCAUGGGCAAGAGCCUCAAUCCUGUGAAGGCGCUGGAAAUAUAUAAUAGCAUUCAAGAUGAAUCAGCCAAAAGGAAUGUUUUCAUCUGCAAUUCCGUUCUAAGUAGUUUGGUCCGGAGUGGCAAGUUUGAUAGCAGCAUUAAGUUGUUUAAUCAAAUGAAGCAGGGUGGUUUAGCACCGGAUGUUGUUACAUAUAGUACGCUUCUUGCAGGCUGCAUCAAAGACAAACAUGGUUAUUCAAAGGCUUUAGAAUUUAUUGAAGAAUUGCACCAAAAUGGGCUGUCCAUGGAUACGGUACUUUAUGGAACACUUCUAGCUAUUUGUGCUUCAAAUAAUAAACUGGAAGAAGCAGAAAGCUAUUUUAACCAGAUGAAGGAUGAAGGUCAUUUGCCAAAUGAAUUCCAUUAUAGCUCUUUGCUAAAUGCUUACUCAAUACAUGGAGAUUACAAGAAGGCUCAUGAUCUGGUUCAAGAUAUGAAAUCUGCAGGGUUAGUACCAAAUAAGGUGAUUUUGACUACUUUAUUAAAGGUAUAUGUCAAAGGAGGCUUGUUUGAAAAGUCAAGAGAAUUAUUAAGUGAAUUGGAAACUAUGGGCUAUGCUCAAGAUGAGAUGCCAUACUGCUUAUUGAUGGAUGCACUUGCUAAAGCUGGGCAUUUGCAUGAGGCUAAAUCAGUUUUUGAUGAAAUGAAGGAGAAAUGCAUUAAGUCUGAUGGGUAUUCAUAUAGUAUCAUGAUUUCUGCAUUUUGCCGAGAUGGGCUACUGGAAGAGGCAAAGCAAUUGGCGAAGGACUUUGAAACAACAUAUGACAAAUAUGACUUGGUUAUGUUGAAUACCAUGAUUUGUGCUUACUGCAGAGCAGGUGAAAUGGAGAGUGUAAUGGGAAUGUUAAAGAAAAUGGAUGAAUUAGCAAUCAGUCCUGAUUAUAAUACCUUUCAUAUCCUAAUAAAAUAUUUCUGCAAGGAGAAGUUGUAUCUGCUUGCUUACAGAACCAUGGAGGACAUGCAUAAAAAAGGCUACCAAGUGGAAGAGGAAAUAUGUUCCUCCUUAAUAUUUAAACUUGGUAAGAUAAGGGCGAGCUCAGAAGCAUUUUCUGUUUACAAUAUGUUGAGAUAUAGCAAACGCACAAUGUGCAAGGCCCUUCAUGAGAAGAUUCUCCACAUUCUAAUAGCAGGACGACUGUUCAAAGAGGCUUAUGUAGUAGUCAAGGACAAUGGGGAUUUGAUUUCUAAACCUGCUAUAAUGAAAUUUGCAACUGCAUAUAUGAAGUUUGGAAACAUCAACUUGAUAAACGAUGUUGUGAAACUCAUCCAUGGUUUUGGCUGCAAGAUUGAUCAGGGUUUAUUUCAGAAGGCAGUAUCACGAUAUAUUAUGAAACCUGAAAAGAAGGAAUUGCUUCUUCAAUUGCUACAAUGGAUGCCAAGUCAUGGAUAUGUGGUUGAUUCUUCAACAAGAAACCUAAUGCUGAAGAACUCACAUUUGUUCGGUCGACAUUUUAUUCCUGAGAUACUGUCCAAGCACCAUAUGAUUUUAACAUCAUCAAAAUCUGAAAAGAGGAAAGGAAAAUGAAUUUCAAACUACGCAGUGUUUACUGUUUAGAGGAAAGGUUUUGCCGUGGCUUAACCCACUUAAGCGUAGAGCCCUCAAUUUGUUCCUAGGGUUUAAUAUAACAUUAUCUUUCUCAAUUUUUCAUCAAUUGGUGAAUCAAAACCCAUAUAGUGUAUACUGUUUUAGCUUUAGCCUAAUGCUCAGUGGUAAGAUUAAACAGUGUAAAUUCUUUGACCUUGAAAACCUGUAACCUGACGCUGAUACCAUUUCAAAUUGUAAAGUAGUCAAUUGUGCAUAAUUGAAGUAUUUUUGUCGGUGAAGCUCUAGUUGGUGCGAAUGUUAAGCUUAAUAACCAAUUUUGCUGGCUGUGCACAUGACUUUUGUAUCUGAUAAUCUCCUGAUAUGAUAAUGCUACUUUCUUUUGCAUAGCGGUGUAUAGAAUCUUAUCAAUUAAAAAUUUAUCUUCCAUUUUCCCCUUUAAUACCAUACAAAGACGAUUAUACACAAAUACAACCAAAUUACCUUUUUUCCCCCUUUCCUCCAUGUUUUUCAUUCAUCAAAAUCUCACAAGUAUGUAUGCUGCAAACCAAUUCCUCCAUGUCCAAAGUGAAUGGUAAAACAAUUGUUCACAUUACUACAUGAAAUUAUAAACCAAUGACCCUUCAAAUACUAUUUUGUUAACACACUCCGAAUGUAGACAAUAGAACUGUAUGUAACCGGUCAAUGCCAACUAAAGAAGAUUCUGUACACAGUAUCCUUUCAUUUAAUACAAACAACACAAAGGACAAACA